AUCCGAUGAUUAAGCUGACAAUGUCAACUUCAGGGCGUAGUCCCUCUCAAAUCAUGUUUCCUGAAGACGGUGCAGGUCCAUGCCUCGGCGUUUCGAAGGUAGGUAAAAGAAGUGUUCUCCCACCUGACACAAGUUCGGAUGAACGAUUACAGUGAGCCUGCUUGCUGUGCAUUUCACGUGCCUUUACAACUACACUGAACACCGCAGAAGAGUCAGUGGCGAGGGAGCGGAGAAGGAAUCUACAUCCUAUCCAACGAGCAACUGGCGCAGAGCAGGAUGGUUAUUUUGCCAGAACCCUUCUCAUCAAUCCCCCGGACACAAUUGAUGUACCCAGGCCCAACACACAUCUCCCGCCUCGAUCGUCUGACCUCCAAGUACGGGGACGCCCACAACAUCGGCAUAUGGGUCAAACAUGAAGAGACCAACUCACCACUCGCCAUGGGCGGUAACAAAAUCCGCAAAUUGGAGUAUUUGGUCCCCGAAAUCAAGGCCAGCGAUUGCGACACGCUCGUAACCGUAGGCGGUAUCCAGUCCAACCACUGUCGGCAAGUUGCGGCCAUCGGCGCGAAAUUUGGCUACAAAGUGGUCACCGUGCAGGAUGAUCGCGUACAUCCACCGAACGAGACGUACUACGAACUAGGCAAUGUGCAGCUGUCGCGCGUGAUGGGCUGUGAGAGUCGACAGGAUCACAGUGUGGAGGAGGUCAUGGACCAGAUACGAGCUCAGGGUGGGAAACCUUACUUUAUCCCUUCGGGGAUGAGUUUGCAUCCGCUCGGCGGCUUGGGGUUUGCGAGGUGGGCGUUUGAGGUUGUCGAACAAGAGAGGGAAUUGGGCGUGCGGUUUGAUGCGGUGGUUGUGUCGGUGAAUAGCGGUUCGACCGUUGCUGGGAUGAUUGCUGGGUUUAAGAUGGCUGAUGUUGACACCAACAAAAAGAGGAAGAUUGUCUGUGUGGAUGCGAGUUCCAGGCCGAAAGAGGAAGUCCAGAACAUGGUUCUCAAGAUUGCCCGGACUACGGCGGCGAGGAUUGGACUGGCCGAAGAUGAGAUUGGCGAGGACGAUGUUCUUGUUGAAGACAGGUUUACUGGGUCACAGUAUGGGAAGCCGGAGAAGGCUACAGUCGAUGCGGUGCGCGUGGCGGCGGAGAUGGAGGCUCUUAUUCUGGAUCCUGUGUAUACGGGCAAGGCGUUCGCUGGGCUUUUGGGAUUGCUGGAGCAGAAUGAGAUACAGCCUGGAUCGAAUGUGUUGUUUUGCCAUACUGGUGGACAGAGCGUACUGGGAGCGUAUGGUGAGAUAUAGCCUAGGUGCAAGUAUUGCUAGAAGCCUUUCUCCCUUCUUCUUCUUCCCACUCCCUUAUAUAAGCCUGGUACUCAACCCCUGCCCUGGCACUCGACAUUUCGUCCUCGUCAAGGCUGUGCAUAUUGUCCGAUGAAAGACUAAAAGGCAGUCUCGGAAGAGAAGCCAUGGAUCGAGAAGGCUAAGGCUAAGCCCCUUUAACCGCCGC